AAGAUUCAUCUGGAUUCCUUUCUCCGCCUACUCGACAUUGAUGAGCGUGUCGUUGGUCAGGAGCGAAUGGCUGAAGCGUGGGGCCAACAAGAUACUGAGCAUUGGGGCUCAGUUGACGUUCAUUGCUAUAUAUGGCUACUUGAAGUCCCGCCGAAUUGUUGAUGCUCUGAUCUCCAGCCUUGGCAGCGUCACGAGGUUUGACAUCAUUGAUCUUGAACCGAGUAUCUGGCUACAACCGAGAGCUGAGUUUGUUACGCAGCCCGCACCAGAGCAAAAGAAUCAUCAUGCUCAGUUCAUCAAUGCUUUUCUUACGCUCAUGAUGAGCGUGCUUUGGUUUCGUUUUGGCACGCAGGAUGCCUGACCAUUAAAGCCGGAACCUUGAACAGCGCAUGCG